UGGAUGAGAGUUAAAAUGUCUGCUGGAAACUGAAACAAGUCCAGUUAACUAUGAUACAGCACUUAGAAUUAACAUGACCUGGAUGACUGACAACCUUACGGAAGCCGAGAACGGCCAUGGAUUUUUUUUUUUUUAUAUACACUGUUAUCGCAUGAUAACGACUUAUUAUUUCAUUAUGUCGAUAUAACAAAGGUUGCUUUUUGUGAUAACAUAACCAUAUAACAAAGAUUGUUUUCUCAUGAUAACGAAUUAAUUAAUAAUGUGUUCCUGAUUUCAACCUACAAGAGCUGCCACGAAUGGAUUCCAUAGCCACUGGCUGUAGCUGUAGCCUACUGGUAUGUUACAAUUCACAUUAGUUUGUUUACUUGACUGGGUUUGUUUAGGGGCUACCGGUUAACAGAUGAGUGGCUGACAAACUCCCAUCUAUCCGGCUGUUUCAGCUAAGGUAACGUAAAUAUAAAUGCUUUAACAGUCAGGUCAAACACAAGGAAGUCUAGUCUAAGGUAACUUAAAGAGUCAAUAUGCGUCAUUACAAGUAAAAGCAAAAAAAGUGAUGAAACAGGCACAGUCAUGAAAAGGAAGAGAGAGAGAAGAAAAAAAAAUAAUACAAAUAAUUCUAAUAAAAUGCAAAAACAGAAAUAAUUAAAAGGAUAAAAACAAUAAAGGACUAUUAGAAAAAGACAUCACAUCAGAAUUAAUAACAGAUAAGAAUAUGAGCAGUGAAAGGAAUAAAGGACAACAAAUGAAACCAGCAAAGGACGGUAGAAAGGAGACAACACGUGGAGGAAGUAAAAACAGAUAAAAAGGUCUAAGAGAAGUACAAGGAAUGGAAGAUGGACAGAUGGAAAUUCAUUUAUAAAAGGACAACUUAACAUAAAAACAAGUCUAAAAAAGUGGGUUUUAAGAAGCUAUCUAAAAAGGACAAUUGUGCAGAGAAGCAUUGCUAAUGAGCCACAGGAGGUGGUGAACAAUGAUUUAUCCACCCAUACCUUUACAAAAGCUGCCCAGGAGAGCAUUAUGUUGCCUGGAAACUCCGCUUAACAAGGUCAGAGGUAGGAGAGCAGUAAAGAGAGACUGACACCUCAGCCUCCACCAGUCCUCCACUGAAGCUGCCAGAGCUGCUUUCUCUACAGGCAUCGUGUCAGCUGCUGUACAUCAAGAUGUCAGCUAUGCACUGGGAGGCCAGGCGGCGUCAGAGUGCUCUUGACCGCAGGACAGCCAGAGACCAGCACAAGGUGAACAACAUGUUGUACCGAACAGUUAGUAAGAAGCUACUGCAGAGAGAUUCUGAGACCAGCCACAAUGCAACCGAAUCAGACACAACACAGGAGCAAACAGCUGGAGGCCAGUGUCCUCACUGUAAGGGCGACCUGAAGACACCUGUCCAUGACAGUGCCAAGAUCCCGAACAGUCUUUACAGUACACCCAGCAGUGGUGAGGAAGAUGAGUGACAGCGCUGAUCUUCAACAACCUCACCAGAUUACUGGACCCCGUUUCAAGGCUCUGAACAGCAGCUCUGCUCAUUUCUGUGAAAACAACAUCAGCAUGAGGUUGUCAAGGCUCCAAGUUCACGAGAAGAAUGUUGCAUCUCUUUCCCCCUCUUUCAUAUUUUCAUUUUCAUUUUUUAGAACAGCUGCGGGGAAAUUAGGUAUGUUAGGCUGCAGACAUGCAGGAAAAACCUUAAUAUUGAACUAAAAGAUGCUUAAAGGCUCUGUAGAGAUGAUAAUUCCCUGUUUAUAAGUCAGUACCAGCAGCACCUUUCAGAUUGCAAGAAGCUGUUUGGUUUCUAUUAAAAUAUUGACGAUUGCAACUUCAAAACUGUGUUUUAGAGUUUUAUUGGACAGUGGGCACAACCAUACCUGGAGGGUAUAAGGCAUAUGACAAGAUUAGAAGCCACCAGAGUGGUCCUUCAUGCUGAAUGUGAAAUUAAAAUGAAAAAUAAUGAAAAAGGUCUUUAUCCCA